AUGUCGGCCUUGACCAUCCUGAGGACGCCUGACCUUGUAACGGGGACUGCCGGCUUCCUGUGCUCAGCGUUUUGUUUUCUUCGUUGCUGGUGGGGCUGGAAACGACGGCCUUGCAGUGUUUGGGGUGGCCGUCGACAUGCUUGCGUGACGUGUCCUUCCCUGGUCCCAGGGCUUUUACUAAGCUUUCCCGGGAGCACAGACGAUGCAUCUGAGCGGUUCUUCCUACAGACCCGCCCUGUUGUCAGUGGACUGCCCCCGUGUCUCCGGGGGACUCUCGAGGGGCCCGGGCUCCCAGGGGAUGUCAGGAAGGGGCCGUCUGCCUGCUGGAGUCGCCUCUGCCCCACCUCCCACAGACAAGGAGACAGCGACGUCCUGGCCCGGGCGGGAGGGGACGUGCCGGAGCUAUCCGCGGUCGGGAGGUGUGCUCUGCGGCGGGUUGAACCAUUGUCGGGGACUCCCCGCGGGCCCCCGUGGGAUGUUCACAGCCAUGGGGGGCCUCCACGAACGCCCCCACCCCCGCGCCCCAGUGUCCUGGUCUUGACUAUUCACGCUCUGUGGCUGUAA